UUUUAGAAGAGUUUGAGAAGAAAAAAACACUUUAGAAAUUGUCAAUAAUUGAGACUCCAACGCAAGGCACAAACCUAAAAGAGUAUCUCCCUAGCGUCGAGCAAAGUUGUAUCAAUUCAUACAAGAAAAAAAAAAUUUUGAAGUAAGAGAGAAAUAAUCGUACAAAAUGGAGUCGCCAGGGCAAUGGCUGGAGAAAUCUUUGAAUGAACUAUGCAGUAAAGUUGAGACUGCUUUAGACUUCGAUGCUGAUAUGAUUUCUGGCCUCGUUUCUUACUGUGAAUUUGCUCCUCCUCUAGAUGCCAAAGAAUACCUUGAUAACAUUAUUGGCGAGGAAACAGGCAAAAAUGUCAUACAGGAAUACUUGAAACGGAGGGGUUGCUUUGUGUCACCAGAAGUUGUUGGUGCUCCUGCUAAACUGCAUGCUUAUGUUAAAUCAAACACGGACGAAGUUUUGAUCAGUGGAGCCAAGAAGCCAUCAAGGGCACAGAAAGAGGCUUCAUCUUCUAGUAGCCAAAAUAAUCAAGUGAAGUCAGAUGCUGUAGAGUCAAAAACCAGGCAACAAGGUAGUUCAAGGAAGAAAAAGGGUGGGAAAGUUGUGUCACUUGCAGAAGCUGCCAAGGGAUCUAUUGUAUUUCAGCAAGGCAAACCAUGCUCUUGCCAGGCCCGUCGUCAUAGAUUGGUGAGCAACUGCUUAUCUUGCGGUAAAAUAGUAUGUGAACAGGAAGGGGAAGGGCCUUGCAAUUACUGUGGGGCUCUAGUGUUGAAGGAAGGAAGCACAUAUGCUGGCUUGGAGGUGUCUGAUGUACCACUAACUGAAGCUGAGGCAGCUGCAAAUGCUUAUGCCAAGAGGCUUGUUGAUUUUGAUCGGAAUGCAGCUGCACGUACAAGUGUCAUUGAUGACCAAAGUGACUACUAUGAUGAGGGUAACAGCUGGUUGACAAAGGAGGAAAAGGAACUUUUGAAGAAGAAACAAGAGGAGAUUGAAGCUGCUGAGGAGGCAAAGCGAAAGAGAGUCGUUGUGGCCUUUGACUUGGUUGGCCGUAGGGUACUACUGAACCAAGACGAUGUUUCUGAACUGGAAUCUGGAUUAAGUAUUUUGCGACCACCUGAUGAGAGAGAAAUAAACCGAAUCAAACCAAAUCCCACUCUUCAGGUGCAGCCAAUUUUCAUUGAUCCAGGACCUAGUGAAAAGCUUCACAAGGAUAAACGUUCAGGCAAAGGCCUUAAUAAGGGAUUGUGCUUGGAAAUCAGUGGGAGGGUGCAACAUGAUCGCUGUGACUUUAAGCAUCUUCUGAGAGAGAGUCUUGGAUCUUCUUCAGCAAAUGACUACCUACAAGGGCAAUCUUGGAAUGGCGUUGUACGGAUGGAGGAUGAUGCUGAUUGCUCUGCAUACUAGAAGCGUUAGCUUUUGUAUAUUUACAUACUGAGCCAUAGAGGUCAUGAUUGGGAAUGUGAUCAAUUUUCGGCUCGGAGUAUCUGCUAUUCAAUACAAGUACGUCUUUUAUCCUGGCAAAUCGCUUUCAAUAUGCCAUCUUUACUUUAUCUUUAUAAAGUCUUGAUUUCUUUAACCUAUAAUACUAUUGUACGACAUAAAACUUGCAAUAUACACCAAUGAUGUAGGUGAAAGCUUUUGAAUAGAACACAUUUGUUUAUCAUCUGAUGAUAUUUAUGUGUAUCUCCAAUAUGCUGUUAGUUUAGUUUCAUUGAUGUUGUUGAUGUGCAUAUGAUGUUAGGCCAUUGCUUGAAGUCAUAAGUUGAACAAUUUCAUGUUCUUGUUGAAUGUUGGUCCAACUCAAGCAUAUGUGCGAGAUGGGCAUCCAUUUGGAUUAUUCUCUGUGAUGAAAUUUGUCCAUUUUUAAAAAUUUUAUAAUUAUGUCUCAGUAGUCUGUGCCGUCUACUCGUAAGUUUCCAUGUUGAGACUUUGACCUGAGGUCGGGUGACUGAAGGGCAGAGAGGGGGUUAUAGAAGUUGGGAGGUUUUGUUUUAUUUUAUAGAACAUUAGGUUCUAAUCACUAGCGUCUGAAAAGCUGUUUGGGUUACAGGCCGAGUGAUACACGAGGCGCUUAAUACUCGCACCUUAUGCCCCUUGAUGUGCCCUCUUGUUCUCUUUUAAGAAUGAGAAUUCAACAGAUAUAUUUUCCUUAGGGUUGAUACACAACGUGUUUGUUGCUCACACCAAGAGUGGCGUUUGAUGAGAGUUGAGAGCCACAACAACUAGGGUUUUAAGCGAGAGGAAACGCUCUUGGAAAUCCCAUGAGUUUUAAAGUCUUUGGAUGAAAUACACUAAUGAUUUUCACACCUCCUAAAUCUUGUGUCAUAUUGGUUUAAAUUCCUUAAUUUUUUCAUUGUCUCUUCUUCUUACCUUAAAUAUCUGCAUUUGCCUAAUAAUCUAUAUCCACUGUAUUACAUUACCCUGAUGCUAUUUAGUGUUGAGGGAUCGCAUGCACACACGUGCCCUUACCAUUGUAGAUACAAGUUCACAUAAAUAAGAGUGCACAUGAUUCACCGAUUCAUUUUACCUUAAUCCAUUACAACUUUAAAGAAAACAACAAUAAAACUUUGGCUUGUCGAGAAUCAUGGACCAUAAUUUGACCCUUGAUGAACAAAUCCACAUUAUGUCUUUAUACAGUACUAAAUGUA